CUCCCACGACCGAUUCAAUUCAACACAUUGAGAGUGAAUGAAAGUGGAUAUAUAUAUAUAUAUAUAUAUAUAUGUAUUUUGCUUCUGGAAAUUUCUGGAAAAUCUCGUGGAAGAUCCGGCGUAGUUUCCACACGAAGGAAAAGAAAAGCUAUGGCCUCCGAAUCCUCUUCUUCUCCUUCUUCUGCUUCUUCUCCUUGUUUAGCAAUAGCAUCUCACGAGCGGUUUGUACCAAGUGCCGUGCUCAUUGGCAAAUCUUGGGUUUGUCCGAUUCUUGUUCCUUUGGAUAUCUUAUUCGUCUCAGGGAAAAGGUUGGCGAGAUUGGUGAAGAAGUGGGAUACAGAGGAUGUGGUGCCUCUCCUGCUUCAAACCCUCCACUUCUGUGGAUCCUUUUGAAGCAGAAAUUGAUAUCGCCUUAGCAGUUUCACGGCAUGAAGCUGACAUUCAAGAAGGUGCACAGCUUGCUUUGGCCAUUCAAGAAUCUUCUCGUCUUCGUCAACGACAGGUGGAAGAGGAUAGAAGGCGCACCAGAGUGUUAGAACAGGAUGCGCAGAUAGCAAAUAGUAUUCUGUACGAGGAAAGAGAAAGGCAAAUUCAUACUAAUUCUGCACUGGAAGACGAGCAGCUUUCUAAGACCGUUGUGGAGAGCUUAAAGGAGAUAGCAAACAGAAAUCAGUUUGAGGAACAAGUGAGGAAGGAUGAACAGCUUGCACUGGUUGUUCAGAAGAGUCUGAACAUGGUGGAGUCUCCUCCUCAAAUUGAAAAACAUAAAAACAUUUCUCGUAGAGCUCUGUCGGAUGUUGACGAGCCGCUUGCGAAGGCAGUUGAGGAGAGUUUAAAGAGGAAAGGCAAAGGAAAGCAAUUUGAAGAUGAACAACUUAAGAAAGAUGAACAACUUGCUCUGUUUGUUCAGGAGAGUCUAAACAUGGCAGAGUCUCCUCCUCGAAUCGAAGAAAACAGCAACAUAUCCACUAGAGUUCCGUUGGGUGAAAAUGAACAGGGAGUUGUUUGGGAGAGUUUGAAGGGGAAAGGUCAACUAAAGCAAUCCAAAGAUGAGGCGGAAGAAGAUGGAAAGCUCCUAAAGGUGAACCCUCCUUGUAGCAUGUGUGGUGGUUGCAGCUCUGCAGUUGAAAAAGGAAUAUCUGUGGAUGUCUUGGGUGUUCUUUGGCAUCCUGGAUGUUUCUGUUGCCGUGCUUGUGACAAACCAAUUGCGAUCCACGAGGUUGAAAACCAUGUUUCAAACGCAAGAGGUAACUUUCACAAAUCCUGCUAUGAUCGGUACUGCUAUGUCUGCAAAGAGAAGAAGAUGAGAAAGUACAAUCAACAUCAUUUCUGGGAGGAGAGAUACUGCCCUGCUCAUGAAUCUGAUGGAACUCCCAAGUGUUGCAGUUGCGAGAGGUUUGAGCCUAGGGGAACUAACUAUGUGAUGCUUGGUGAUGGGCGAUGGCUGUGCCUAGAAUGUAUGGAAACUGCCGUUAUGGAUUCUGAUGAAUGCCAGCCUUUGCACUUUGAUAUGCGUGAAUUCUUCGAAGGCUUAAACAUGAAGAUUGAGAAACAAUUUCCCUUUCUUUUGGUGGAGAAACAAGCGCUGAAUAAAGCUGAGAAGGAAGAGAAGAUUGACUAUCAGUAUGAGGUGAUAACUAGAGGUAUAUGCCUGUCUGAAGCGCAGACCGUCACAAGUGUAUCAAAAAGGCCAAGGAUGGUGGGGCCGCGCAAGCAGCUAAUAGACAUGGUUACAGAGUCUCAAAGGGUUGUUCGUGAGUGCGAGGUCACUGCGAUUCUCAUCAUAUAUGGACUUCCGAGGUACUGUAACAGCUCUCUCUAUCUCUCUCUCUUUCUUGCGGCAAAUUGUCUCAAAUCAAAGCUCUCUUCACACACACACAGGUUACUAACUGGGUAUAUCUUGGCUCACGAGAUGAUGCAUGCUUAUCUUAGACUCAAUGGGCAUAGGAAUCUUAACAAAGUUAUGGAAGAAGGAAUAUGCCAAGUGUUAGGCCACAUGUGGCUAGAAUCUCAGACAUACGCCACUACUGAUGCUACUGAUGCUGCAGCUUCAUCGUCUUCCGGCACUACAGCUGCUACCACAUCGAAGAAAGGCGAGUGGUCUGAUUUCGAGAAGAAACUGGUGGAGUUUUGCAAGAAUCAGAUCGAAACAGAUGACUCACCGGUCUACGGUGAAGGUUUCAGGAAAGUUAACCGGAUGGUGACAAAUUCCAGCCUCCAGGAAACCCUCAAAGAGAUUACUCGCUGGGGUUGAAGACGAUUUCCACAUUCUAAGGUUUUUUAAUCACCCAUAUACUUUCUGUAUAGGUAUAUGACACGUUGACACAUACAUAUAUAUACACACACAUACAGACUCACGGCUUUCAAACCAUCACCACCAAGUCCCCUUAUGUGUUCUGCC